AUGGCCUCGGAGGGCCUGGCGGGGAUGCUGGCGGCCGUGCUGGGGGGCCGGGGGCUGUGCGUGCAGAGCUGGGACUCGGGGCCGGCCGGGGAGCCGCCGGCGCCGGCGCGGCUGCGGAGGAACGUCUGCUACGUGGUGCUGGCCGUGUUCCUCAAUGAGCAGGACGAGGUGCUGCUGAUCCAGGAGGCCAAGAGAGAGUGCCGUGGGUCGUGGUACCUGCCUGCGGGGAGAAUGGAGUGCGGGGAGACCAUCGUGGAGGCGCUGCAGCGGGAGGUGAAGGAGGAGGCUGGGCUGCACUGUGAGCCCCUGACGCUACUGUCCGUGGAAGAGCGGGGCCCUUCCUGGAUCCGUUUCACAUUCCUUGCUCGCCCCACAGGAGGAAUUCUCAAGACUUCCAAGGAGGCAGAUGUGGAGUCCCUGCAGGCUGGCUGGUUCCCACGGACCUCCCUGCCCACUCCACUGCGGGCCCAUGACAUUCUGCACCUGGUGGAGCUAGCCGCCCAAUAUCGCCAGCGGGCCAGGCACCCUCCUGUUCUGCCCCAAGAGCUUCCCUGCAGUCUGGUCUGCCAGCGACUCGUGGCCACCUUUACCAGCGUCCAGACGGUGUGGGUGUUAGUAGGCACGGUGGGUAUGCCCCACUUGCCCAUCACCACCUGUGGCUUCACCCCCACAGAACAGAGGGGUGGCCUCAAGAUGGCUGUUCUGCGGCUGCUUCAGGAAUGCCUGACCCUGCACCAUCUGGCAGUGGAGACCAAGGGCUUGCUUGGACUGCAGCACCUGGGCAGAGAUCACACAGAUGGCAUCUGCCUGAAUGUGCUGGUGACAGUGGCUUUUCGAAACCCAGGUAUUCAAGAUGAGCCCCCGAAGGUUCGGGGUGAGAACUUCUUUUGGUGGAAGGUGGUAGAGGAAGACCUACAAAGCCAGCUCCUACAGAGGCUUCAGGAAUCCUCUGUCAUCCCAGUGAACAGAUAGGAAGGCACCAGAAGAAGCCAGGAACUGGGCAUCUGUGCUCCCUUGGAGGGAGGGAGGAGGCUGGCAACCAGGGAUCUUGUUGCAUUAAGAGCUAGAGCAGUUCUCCUUGUCCUUGGGGAUUUUGUGGAACAGGCCCCUCCAUUAUGCCAAAAGCGCCAGUGCCUUUAGCACGUGAGGAGUCCAGGGCUCCAGGAGGCGACUGUCCCGUGGGCACACUGAAGUUUCUCCUGUAUGUAUGGGAGCACUCAGCCCCAGAUGGCGUCCACUUGUCAUUUUCUGUGCCCACCUUGGCAAGGGCCUCUCAUCCUGAUCCUUUCAGGCACUUAAUCCUGGAGGGGGUUGGGGGAGGCCCCUGGAGGGAGGGCCCCUUGCUGAGUGAGUAGGUGUUGCUCACCUUGCCUUUCCUGCCUAAGUGUCUCUGUGGGCAGAAAGUGAGGGGGGCUGAUGGACAAGAGAGCUGCUGCUCCCCUGUCCCACUGAUGGCCACCCAGGCCUUUCCCAGAUAGCAUGUGGGCAUUGCAGGGGCUCCUGCCAUCCACUGCAGCCCUUGGGCCCAUUGGGGCUCUCUUGAUUGCACCUGCUGGGGCAGGAUGUGACCGAGGGGACCACAUCAUUAAUGAAAACACGAGGUUUGAGCAGCGGGGACUCCAGGGGAAGCUGCAGGUGGGGCUGGGACCGUGAGUGCCGCCCCUGCCUUUGCCGAGCUGCUUUCUUCUCACGAUUCCCCAGCUCUGAUCCUCCCCCUCAUCUCCUGCCUCUGCCUUUUUACAACUUCAGCCCGAGACAGGUCAAACCUUUUCUUCAUUUCCCCUCAGCCCAGAUGAAAUCGUCGGAUUUUUCUUUAAUAAA